AAUUCAAUACGGGCGGUAUGUUGUGGGUCGUACUCUGCCCUUACUUGUUGUUAACUUCUGGGUAUAUUCAGGAGUGUAUUUCUCAUACGAUAAUCACUAUUGAACAUGGGUCAUUCACGAACAUUUCUGUCAAUGGGUUGGUGUAUGUUGAAGUUAUCAAAAUUCCGCCGGGGAGUAAAUUUGCUGUGUACCAAGUGCACAGCCCCUUCAACCCACUACUAGUGUCCACAUCAGCCUCGUUUACAUAUGACACUUCACAAUACUCGGCUCAUUGCGGCUUAGCUAGUUUUGUUGAAAACAAAACAUUGUCGACAUUCUACGUUUAUUCUUCCUAUAGUGUUCCACUAAUUGUGUGGGUUAAAGCUGUUGCAUAUGGAUCAGAAUUUCCAUUGCCAGGUGGUUGUGGUCGUAGUUCGCGUAGUGGUUUCAUGAAUGCAGCCAUCACUACAGAUAUAAUGACUAAAAAUAUAAAUCUUUCAAGCUCGAAACGCAUUGAGUUUUUAAGCUAUUGGACGUCUGCUCUCCAGCUCUCUGCAGCUUCGGAACCUGUCGGAUCAGGUGGUUUUGCGUGUUCCCACUGGAUUGCCGAAAGUAAGCCAUCAGGGAGCCUAGUUUAUCACGUUUAUGGUACACCACUAAUAACUGCUGGUGGUUCGUAUGGAGCCUUCGUGAAUCCUAGUCCCAGUGAAGUUGCAUCAGUUUUGAAAAACAUGGCCAACUUUGGCCAUUCGUCAUUUGUUGGUACUUACAUACAGUCAUUUCACCAGAGUGAAUUCACACCAAAUGAUGAGUUUAUUAACAUAAUCGUCUCACGUCGUCCAGCUACAGCAUAUAUUGUCACUGUUGUUGUGGAGUAUUCAGUUUCUGGUGAUACAUGGCAAGUACCAUAUAUUCCUGUCAUUCUUUUUGGUUGCCCUGCACAGAUUUCACCCAGUUUCUACCGUACUGUAUAUAACCAACCUACUUCAAAUGCUAGUUUGGUAGUCAACUGUGGUACUCUUCCUAAAGAUACACCAGUUAUCCUAUUUCCCGUUGCUGUCUUGCUUCUUGCAGGUUUUUUAUAUGCUACUUCAUGUAAUAUGUGGAUUUGGCCCCGUUGUGCAGUCAGUGCGAUGAUUAUGGGGUCUGUCAUUGGGCUGAUAUUUUUCUACAGAUUUUCAGACGAACCUAAUGAAACUUACCUUAUUUUAAUAGCGAGUGCUUUUUUGCCAGCUUUCUUCGCAUUGUUUGUGUUUGUAAUACUGUGGUGGCGUUACGUUCGUCCUACUUUGUACUACCAACGUAUGUUUGGACAAGGUCCACUGGUGAAGGUAGAAAAUUCUACAACUGUUCUUGUUAACGAACCGUGGAAUUCAGAUGUGUUAGAUAACAGCUAUCAAAAUGUUGUUGCCCCUUUUGGAUCGUCGUCACAGACUGAACAUACACCAAUUAAUACUGUUAAUGUUUUGGCUCCAGUUAAUGAGGAGGAGUCCAGUAUUUCAGCAUUACAGCUGUGUCAUGAUCUAGUGUAUCAACAUUCCCCAGCUCAUUCUGGUGCAUAUGUUUCAAAUGAACAGGGUGGUAGUAAUGAUAAUGAAGAUUACACUUGUGUUCGAAUUUGUGGCAUUCAGCUGUGUCGAAGGUCCAGAAGUUCACAAAAAUCUUCAAAAACUUUGGCACGUCCACUUAAACCCUUCACCCUAAGACCUCGUCGCUUUGCUCGUUUACUUCCCGUUUUGCCGACUGUAUUUAUUCUAAUCGGUUAUCUAUCCAUCUCUCUUGAUCGUUCUCUAAAAUUGGACAAAUCUUCGGUUUCUUUUUUUGCGUUCUGUAUAAUAAUGUCAGGAUUAUUGCUUGGCUUGCUGAGUAUAUUCAAAAAUUUCGAAACAUUUCAAACAUCUUUUUAUAAUAUCCGUAUAUUAUAAUAGAUAGUAAGUGUAUUAGUUUUUACGUAUGCAAAAUUUUUGUAUAGAAUCAUUUAUCUUAUUCACAAAUAGGAUCUCCGAAAACGAACUCACUCAGUUUUAUAGUCUGCAAGUUGAUAUUUUAGUCGAAGUUACAGUGUACGUUAUCAAAUUUGCAAUUUAGGUUAAUGUUUUACUUCGAAUUUACGUAGGUCGCUUUUUCAGGGAAGUGAUCGUUUGUCUUGGCACUCUUGAAACUUGGUUUUUGACUUACAGAUGGUCAUUAUUUUGAACUGUCGCCACAUGAUUCGUUUUAGAUAGUAUCAUUCCACUUAGCAAUAAUAAACAUGGUUUUCUGGAUAAUUGUAUAAACAUUUAUAUGUAGUAAAUACAAUGUUCCUUCAAGUAUUUGUUUCAGUUGUGCUUUUUGUUUUAGUGUUUCAAAUAUGUUCUUUCAAAACAGAAUAUGUAGGUUUUGAUUUUAAGAAUAUACGUCAUUGCCUGUUAUCCCAACGGUAUUUUUAUGAUCAAUCCAAAUGUGUAUACUAAAUUUUUCUUAAUUUUCAGGCAUUCGGUAUUUCAACCGCUCUUUUUGGUUUUUACGUUACACUAUGCUGUGCAAGUUUUUUUCUCAUACCAAGCUGUUUAUUACCUCACAUUGUAAUUGAAUAUUUCUUGAUGUUAACCUGUUUUGAUAUAAGACUACGUACUCUACGCAUCCAAUUCUAUGGUCAAUAUGGUAAUUUUUAAAUAUUUAUUUUCAUACUUCCAUGUUCAUUUCUGCACAUUUUCUACUUUAAUCAGAUCAAGUUUGUUUAAGAUUAGUUUGGUUCUUUGAAGCGUAGUCUUUACACUGACGAAUUUUCAAAAUGAUAUGAAUUGUUAACUGAAGUUGCAUGAUUCUAUUGGUUUAUAACCGUUUCCGUUAUAUCUUUUGCAUUAGUUUCUGUUCGUAAUUUUAAAAGGUUAGUUAAAUUUGCGGAACAGAGUUUUUCUUUAUUUGGAUCCAUUUUUCAGCCUCAUAAUAACUGAAACUUUUGUAUAUUUGGAUUGAUUUUAAUUAUAGUUGAUUAUUUAUUGUUUCUGCUGAAUAUAUGACCAUAUUUAUAUUUUGCAUAAGUGAGAAACUUAUUUUCUUGUCAUUCCUAAAUAACUUUUAUGAGUAAUUCGUCUUAAAUAAUACUAGUUAAUGACCGCUCAUGAUGACAUCAUACCACAACUCAAACCAAUGUAGGUAAAGUGGUUUUUAUGUUAUCUAAAUGAUGGAUUAAUGGAUCUAUUCACCUCAGUUCCACGUAACCGGAAAUGUUCCUUAUUAUAAAUAUACUGUAAAAAUAUUAACAUAAGACUCAUUACAUAGAUCGUUGGCGAUAUAAACUUUACAAAGGUCAAGUUUAUGUCGUGGACUGGGAAUUCUUUUGUGGUGUGACUGAAUUUUAUAUUUAUAUAAUCAUUAUUUAGCCUCAAUAAUAGUAGUACUAAGGAUUGUACUGGUAUUAAUGAUGAUUAGUGUAAUAACGAUCGUUUCCUAAUUGUUUGUUAAAAAUUCAUAAAUUUUGUCUUCAGAUGUUAUUGUUGUCGUAAUAUGGUUUGUUAGCAGUAUAUGCUUUGGCUCACUAGCGUUGUGUUUGAUUCGUUUACAAGAUGCACGUGAAUUAUCUGAAGCUCAAAAUUACCAUACAUCAAACUCAAAACAUCCAUACACAAAUACUAAUGCACACACCCCUAGCAAUAGCCUUUCAUUAUUGGGAGAGAUUAGACCAAGUUCUCAAGCUUCAUGUUAUGUACCUCGAAUGUUUCCUGUCCCAAGUUUAUCAUCCAAUGCAAAUUCUGCAUCCAGUUUGUAUAAUUUGCUUUCAUCUCCCAAGGUAUACAAUAAAAUAGAUUCGGAAGGUUCCGUGAACUACCCUGUGCUCGUUGAUUAUUGUCGUCCAUCUAAUCCGUCUUCUUCAAGAGUUUCAACGGAAAAGCAACCAUUAUUACAGGGGUCUUUUUACAAUAAGUAUGGUGGUCUAAUGGGUACGGGUACUGGUCAUCCGCCUUUAUUGCCCUUAAGUAGAGUUCAGCUGGCUGCCGCCUCACAGUCUUUACCGUUCAGUUCGUCAUCAAGUGUAAAUAUCACAUCGAAAUCGAUACACUCCGAUGUUGAGGAAAAUUAAGUCAAAACUAACUCUUCUAUAACUUCUAUUCAGUGUAAAUAAUAAUCAUAAAAUGAUAACCAAGUUAAUCUUGCCUAAAAUGUCUAUUUUUAUCAUUUUUUUCUCACAUUUUAUCUAGAUCUAUAUUUCUCCGCAGUAUUUAUUAACUAUCGUGUUAUUUUAAGUCUGAAUAUUGUUUUCGAGUGUUUAUUUUACUUGGUAUUUAAAUAAAAUAUCAUUAUUAUAU